UUUACGGCACGAUGGUCGUGCAAGAAUGUGAUACAGCCUCGACGGCCGCCAUCUUAUUUCUUUCUUAGCAGUUAGCCGAGAGGGGAACCUCCGCGAGGAAACAGCGGCGUCUUCUGUAGCGUGGGUAUGGCCGACUACUCAACAGUGCCUCCGCCGUCUUCUGGCUCAGCUGGCGGCGGCGGCGGAGGAGGAGUUAAUGAUGCUUUCAAAGAUGCCCUGCAGAGAGCGCGGCAGAUUGCAGCAAAAAUUGGGGGUGAUGCUGGUACAUCAUUGAAUUCAAAUGACUAUGGUUAUGGGGGACAAAAGAGACCCUUAGAAGAUGGAGAUCAACCAGAUGCUAAGAAAGUACCUCCCCAGAAUGAUUCUUUUGGAGCACAGUUACCUCCAAUGCAUCAGCAACAAAGCAGAUCUGUAAUGACAGAAGAAUACAAAGUUCCAGAUGGAAUGGUUGGAUUUAUAAUUGGCAGAGGAGGUGAACAGAUCUCACGCAUACAGCAGGAAUCUGGAUGCAAAAUACAGAUAGCUCCUGAUAGUGGUGGCCUUCCAGAAAGGUCUUGUAUGCUAACGGGAACACCUGAAUCUGUUCAAUCAGCAAAAAGAUUAUUGGACCAGAUCGUUGAAAAGGGAAGACCAGCCCCUGGCUUUCAUCAUGGUGAUGGACCUGGCAAUGCAGUUCAGGAAAUCAUGAUUCCAGCCAGCAAAGCAGGACUAGUUAUUGGAAAGGGAGGAGAGACUAUCAAACAACUUCAGGAAAGGGCUGGUGUUAAAAUGGUUAUGAUUCAAGAUGGGCCUCAAAACACUGGUGCUGAUAAACCUCUUAGGAUUACGGGUGACCCAUACAAAGUUCAGCAAGCCAAGGAAAUGGUAUUAGAAUUAAUUCGCGAUCAAGGUGGUUUCAGAGAAGUGCGGAAUGAGUAUGGCUCCAGAAUAGGAGGAAAUGAAGGGAUAGAUGUCCCAAUUCCAAGAUUUGCUGUUGGCAUUGUAAUAGGAAGAAAUGGAGAAAUGAUUAAAAAAAUACAAAAUGAUGCUGGUGUUCGAAUUCAGUUUAAGCCAGAUGAUGGAACAACACCUGAUAGAAUAGCACAGAUAACAGGACCUCCAGACAGAUGUCAGCAUGCUGCAGAAAUUAUCACAGACCUUCUACGAAGUGUUCAGGCUGGCAAUCCUGGUGGACCUGGACCUGGUGGUCGAGGACGAGGUCGAGGUCAAGGAAACUGGAAUAUGGGACCUCCUGGUGGACUUCAGGAAUUUAAUUUCAUUGUGCCAACUGGGAAAACUGGAUUGAUAAUUGGAAAAGGAGGAGAAACAAUAAAAAGCAUAAGCCAGCAGUCUGGUGCAAGAAUAGAACUUCAGAGAAACCCUCCACCUAAUGCAGAUCCCAAUAUGAAGUUAUUUACAAUUCGGGGCACUCCACAGCAAAUAGACUAUGCUCGACAACUCAUAGAAGAGAAGAUUGGGGGCCCAGUAAAUCCUUUAGGGCCACCAGUACCCCAUGGACCUCAUGGGGUUCCAGGUCCUCAUGGGCCUCCUGGACCUCCAGGGCCUGGAACUCCAAUGGGGCCAUACAACCCUGCACCUUAUAAUCCAGGACCACCUGGCCCAGCUCCUCAUGGUCCUCCAGCCCCAUAUGCUCCCCAGGGAUGGGGAAAUGCAUAUCCACAUUGGCAGCAGCAGGCUCCUCCUGACCCAGCUAAGGCAGGAACGGAUCCAAACUCGGCAGCUUGGGCUGCCUAUUAUGCUCACUAUUACCAGCAGCAGGCACAGCCCCCGCCUGCAGCUCCUGCUGGUGCACCAACCACAACCCAGACUAAUGGACAAGGUAACUACGGAGAUCAGCAGAAUCCAGCUCCAGCUGGACAGGUUGAUUAUACAAAGGCUUGGGAAGAGUACUACAAGAAAAUGGGUCAAGCAGUUCCUGCUCCUGCUGGGGCCCCACCAGGUGGUCAGCCAGAUUACAGUGCAGCCUGGGCUGAAUACUAUAGACAGCAAGCAGCAUACUAUGCCCAGACCAGUCCCCAGGGAAUGCCGCAGCAUCCGCCAGCACCUCAGGGAUUUGCAAAUCAUGCAAGAAGCCACCAUCAUUUAUAUUAACCAGUUUUUCUUUCUUAAAGGAUUCACUCCUGAAUUAGCUCCAUUUAAAGGAUUUUCUUUAACUUUUUGUGUAUCUCUUAUGUAUCUCUUCUGCACAGGGCCAAUAAUAAGAAGUGGACAAUACAGUAUUUGCUUCAUUGUGUGGGGGAAAAAACCUUUGUUAAAUAUAUGGAUGCAGACGACUUGAUGAAGAUCUUAAUUUUGUUUUUGGUUUAAAGUAGUGUUUUUUUCCCCCCUCUUUUUUUUAUUUUGAAAAUGUACAAAAUAUCUAUCACUACUGAUAGGAGGUUAAUAUUUCUGUGUAGAAAUGAAAAUUGGUUUGUUUCAGUCUUUAGUGUAGAUGUACACAUUCCAGCAAAUGUAUUUGCAACUAUUAUGUGGUCGAUGCUUUGUGAUAUAAAUGUACUUUUUCAAUGUAUACUUUCACUUUUCAAUGCCUGUUUUGUGCUUUACAAUAAAUGAUAUGAAACCUCCUGUGUCGGUAAGUUGGAUAUGUGGGUAACGGAUGCAUAGCUACUUAGCAGUGAUGAAUUAAGAUCCAUGUACACGAUAUAAGCUUUUCCCCAUGAAUUACCGAGUUUUUAAACACUGGCAUGUUUUUCCCCGUUGGAGUAUAGUGGUAGAUUGGAGGUUCUUUUCUGUUGUAUUUGGCUAUUUCAGCACAAGUAAUCUUGAUAUCUUCAUUUUUUUCCUUCUAUUUGAUUAAAAAGCUGCAUGUGUA